CGUCGUCUGCCAGGAGACGGACAAAGGUGACGCGAAAUGCGGCGAGACAACCCGACAGCCUUGUGGUCAUGUAAUGUCAUAUAAUGUCUCGUUAACACAUUCAAUGGACGAAGUGUUUCCGAUACACAGGUAGCGGUUAACCUGAGUUACCUGUGUGGUGGGACGUCAGUGUUAACCGGCGCGAGCGCGAGCGCGAGGAGCUUCUCAAUUAUGUAAAGAAACAUUAUAGCGAAGAGUAAUAAACGCAACUUUGUUCUGAGUAUAUAUUUUUUAUAGCCACAUUAUUAUUACAAUUAUUUUGUAUUACUUUAGCUACAAUUUAGCUAGCAGCGGAGAGAGACAAGCUAGCAGUAAACCAAGCAAGUCCAUCUCACCGCCAGAUGUUAUUUAAAAUAUAAAUACGUUUAUUAUCUUUACUGACAACCCGCACCGACUACACACGGCCAUUCCUCACCAAUUAAGUGAGGAUUUGCUUUUCAUUUGAUUUUAAAUAUUUAACAGGUGAGCUCAAACUGUAAAUCCCAGUGAGUGAGGACAGGAUGGCUCCAUCGAUCCGGGCUUCCCCCAUUUUAAUCCACCCUUCAUUGUAGACUCCCGUGCAUCUCAUCCCCCUCGUGUGUUAAAUCUGUUCGGUACUCGUGUUAUCAGAUGGUAAACUUGUUUAUUCUGGUGGUUCUUGACGUGGAAACUGCGGAGAACCUCCGGGAUAGUGUGUUAACGGAGCACUUACGGAGUUCUGCCACAAGAGGACGCUGUUGGCUUUCUUCCUGUUGAAGGAGAGGCCGACUGAGCGCUGCAGGCAGGCAGGUGCCUCUCAACAGUCUUAGAAACAGCAACACGUGGAACAAAAAGGCAAUCAUAUCAUAUUGUACGCAGAGGCUGGCUGUUUUCAUCCGGGCCCGAGCUCCUCAUGCUCUCCGAGUACUGCAGUUUUUUUGUUUUUUUUUAGCUCGCCCGUGCUAAACAAAAGACAAGCAACCAGGAAAUGCACCGGCCAAUCGGCAGCUGCCUUGCAUUCCGUCGGCGUGCGUGGCCACUCGCGGCGCGCCUUCUAUCGGAGCAGCGAGUCGGACAGCUUGGAGAGCCGUGGCUGUGCUGUGAGCAGGCUGAGGGCUGACAGGGCUGUCCUCCAUGUUUUAACAAGCAUUGACAUAUCACACUUGAGUUUGUAGCCAUGCAUCCACAGAGUGAGGAGCAGUCCCCUCUCUGCAUUGCAGCACUGUGGCUGAGGAGAGCGGGGAGAAGAGAAGCCCGUGUGGCACACGCCGAGCCGAGCGCCCAAUCAGCCGCCUCCGUGUGGCGCUCAAGCCAAUCGGCAGCCCGCAGCCGAGGUUAAAGAUUGACGAUUGCAGGAGAGAGCAGCAGGGAGAGAAGAAGGCCUUCUGGGAAACCUGGACUCAUCUUUUUCCCCUCGUCCCCCCCCCCUCUACGCCCUGAAUAAUUGAAAAAAAAGAAACAAGAUUAAAGAAUAGGCUGAAGAAUCUGUAUGUGAGUAAGGAGGGGGAGAAAAAGAGAGAAAAAAGGAUGUUGCCGGGGUAGAUUGUAUGAGGCUGUCCAGACAGGUUAGAGGAGGAGGCCAGUGAAGCUGCACACUGCUCUCCUGUCUGCGUCUGCAGAUGUGCAGAUGCGCUCCUGUCUAAUAUUUCAUCCUCCUUUAGUGACAGAGGAGCAGGAGUGAGUGAAAUCAAACAAUUUGGCAGAAUCGAAGCCAUCUGAACGACAAGGCCGGCGCAUCCGCCGCGGCAUUAGGAGAAAACGGCGAUAAUGAUCAUAAUAAUAGGAAUAAGGUCGACGACAACAACAGGGAGCCCGCAGACCAAGCGUGGCAGAGGAAGAGGAGAAAGCUGAGAUUACGGCAGAAGCAAUGGAGAUCUCGACGCGAUCCAAGGUUUCGGACACGGGGCCGACAGAACGGAUGAGCCAGAAACGGAAGAUGCCGAGUCCCUCGCCCUCGUCCAACGGUCACUCCUCGGCCGACACGUCGCCCUGCCCCACGAAAAAGAAGAAGAAGCCGGGCGCUGUUGGCGGCAGCAAAGACCAGUCGGAACUGAGACACGGACCCUUUUACUACGUGAAGCAGCCGGCGCUCGCCUCGGACCCCGUGGACGUCGGACCGCAGGACGGCAGGAACGACUUCUACUGCUGGCUGUGCCACCGCGAGGGCCAGGUGCUCUGCUGCGAGCUCUGCCCCCGGGUGUACCACGCCAAGUGCCUCAAGCUCCCGGCCGAGCCCGAGGGCGACUGGUUCUGUCCCGAGUGUGAGAAAAUCACAGUUGCAGAGUGUAUCGAGACUCAGAGCAAAGCCAUGAUGAUGCUCACGAUAGAGCAGCUGUCCUACCUGCUGAAGUUUGCACUCCAGAAGAUGAAGCAGCCAGGUGAUCAUCCCCGCUUGUCAUCUCGCUCCCCCCAUGCAGCUUCCACGCAGAGAAAGACUUUUAAUUGGACCGAACCCUUCCAGAAACCCGUCUCUCUGGAACAGCAUCCAGAUUACGCGGAGUACAUAUUUCACGCCAUGGACCUUUGCACACUCGAGAAGAAUAUUAAAAAGAAAAUGUACGGCUGCACGGAGGCCUUCUUGGCAGACGCAAAAUGGAUUUUGCACAACUGUAUUAUAUACAACGGAGGCAAUCACAAACUCACGGCGACGGCUAAAGUGAUCGUAAAGAUCUGUGAACAUGAGAUGAAUGAGAUUGAAGUCUGUCCCGAGUGUUAUCUGUCCGCUUGCCAAAAGAGGGACAACUGGUUCUGCGAGCCUUGUAGUCACCCGCAUCCUCUCGUGUGGGCCAAGCUGAAAGGAUUUCCAUUCUGGCCCGCUAAAGCUCUGCGGGACAAAGAUGGACAAGUGGACGCUCGCUUCUUCGGUCAGCAUGACAGGGCUUGGGUGCCUUUAAACAACUGCUACCUCAUGUCCAAAGAGAUUCCGUUCUCCGUGAAGAAGACCAAGAGCAUCUUCAACAGUGCCAUGCAGGAGAUGGAGGUCUACGUGGAGAACAUGAGGAAGAAGUUUGGCGUGUUUAACUACGCCUCCUUCAGGACACCGUACACUCCGGACAACAACUUCCAGAUGCUGCUGGAUGCCUCCAACCCGUCGUCCACCUCAAUCAAACCCGAGAAGCAGGAGAAGAUCAAGCUGAGCUUCGAUAUGACGGCGUCGCCCAAGAUCUCUCUGGCCAGGACCAUGCUGUCCGGGCCCGGGGUGGGAGGCAGCGCCGCGGGCCCGCGGCGGCUCCCCCUCGGCGAUAUGCCGCGCUCCCCCAUGAGCACCAACUCCUCCGCCCACACCGGUUCGGAUGGGGAAACGGAGACAGCGGACAAGUCCCAGACGAAGGCUUCAAACAGCCUGUACAGUACAGGGGAGGAGUCCAUGGACUGUACAGGUAUUUCACCAGCAUCACCUGCCCAUCCUCGACCGUGUCCUGCAGGCAGCUCCUUAGACAGCCCCAAACCAUUCCACUCUCAAGGUCCGGGCGCCGCCAAGCAGGAGAAGACGCCACCGACAGGAAGCAUACUGAACCUCAAUCUAGAUCGGAGUAAAGCAGAAAUGGACUUAAAGGAGCUCAGUGAGACGGUUCAGCAGAAACAAGGAGCCCCACCAGCCCUCACCUCUCCGAAGAGGCAGAUCAAGAGCCGCUUCCAGCUGAAUUUGGACAAAACCAUUGAGAGUUGCAAGGCACAGUUGGGUAUAGAUGAGGUAUCCGUUGAUGUGUACAAAGGUGUGGAACACAGUGACACAGAGGACUCUGAUAAAUCUGACUCCAGCGACAGUGAGUAUGCCAGUGACGAGGAGCAGAAGACAAGAGAUGGUCCGGAUGCAGCGCCCAGUGAUGAGGCCCAGCAGGAUGCCACCAAAGCCAAAGACCAACCGUCCCCGAGCCAAGAGGAGGGUAAAGGUGAUUCGCACGUGCCAUCCAAGACUACAGCGGGCAACGCCACGGCAACAGCAUCCGAUGCUCCAGCUAAAGUGCAAAUAAGCACCGAUUCUGUAAAAGAGAGCCCAGAAAAGACCAAAGCGCCUCCAGCAACACCUGUUCUCAGGGAGAAGGGUCAGGUGAAGGAAGGGGCAAAGCAGGCCGUUCCCACGGAGGACUCUGACUCGGAGAGGGAGCUGGUCAUUGACCUCGGGGAGGAGCAGGGAGGCAAGGACAGGAAGAGGAGCAGGAAAGUCAACGCCGCCGUUAAAGAGUCUUCUGCUGGUAAAACUGAAGGGAAAGCCCCGCCCCCGUUGACACUCCCGUCUCAAAACAGUACCGCUCCCUCCACGCCCUCCAGCGUCUCCACGCAGUCCCCCACGGCCAUCCCCGUCACCAUGGUCUCCUUCACCACUCCCUCGCCCGCAACCAUAAGCCUCGCAACUGCGUCCAGUGCCACCGCAACACCCCCCUCUUCCUCCUCCUCCUCCUCCUCCUCCUCCUCAGCCCCGGCCACGCCGGCGUUGAAGAAACAGCGCCCUCUGCUGCCCAGAGAGACGGUGCCGGUGGUGCAGCGAGCCGUCGUGUGGAGCCCCACUUCCAAGUUUCAGACCUCGUCUCAGAAGUGGCACUUGCAGAAGGUGCAGCGGCAGCAACAGAACCAGCAGCCGGAGGAGGCGGCGGCCGACGCCCAGACGGAGGCGUCGUCACCCACGCACGGCGAGGCUCAAGUUCUGACCCAGGCACAGGCCGCCGGCAACGGCUCGACGGCAGUGUCCUCCUCCUCCUCGGCACAGCAGUCGUCUCAAAGCACACGCUAUCAGACCAGGCAGGCUGUUAAAGCCGUUCAACAAAAGGACACUCCACUCGGCACGACCACGUCGACCAUCACCCUGGUAUCCAGCAGCCCGUCGUCUGUUGCCACCGUUGCGGCAUCAAGUCUGGGCACAGCUGCUACGUCGUCGCCCGCGGCGACCGACACGUACAUCCCCACGGCCUCGGCGGACGUAGCUGCGGACAUUGCCAAGUACACAACCAAAAUAAUGGAUGCAAUCAAAGGUACAAUGUCUGAAAUCUACAGCGACCUCUCGAAGAGUACUUCAGGCAACACAAUAGCAGAGAUCAGACGACUGAGAAUCGAAAUAGAAAAACUGCAGUGGCUGCAUCAACAGGAGCUGUCAGAAAUGAAGCACAAUCUCGAGCUGACAAUGGCGGAGAUGAGGCAGAGUCUGGAACAGGAGAGAGAGCGCCUGGUGAGCGAGGUGAAGAAACAGAUGGAGGUGGAGAAGCAGCAAGCGGUGGACGAGACCAAGAAGAAACAGUGGUGCGCCAACUGCCGGAAAGAGGCCAUUUUCUACUGCUGCUGGAACACCAGCUACUGCGAUUACCCGUGUCAGCAAGCCCACUGGCCAGAGCACAUGAAGUCCUGCACUCAGUCAGCCACGGCCCCGCAGCAAGAGCCCGAGGCCGAGUCGACGGCGGAGCUCCCAAACAAAGGUCUGGGGCCGCCGGGCAGCGGCCCGAACUCUCUGAGAGACCCGGCGGCCUUGGCACCAGCGGACAACAAAGACUGUGACGCGGAGAAGAGCUCCAACAACGUUGCCGUCACUUUGUCCUGAACAGGUUCAACCGCACUUGAACAAUGUAAAUGUGUAUAGGUUGGUUUUUUUGUUUUUUUUUCACUAUACGGAUGCGUCGAUGUAAAUUGUUCUGAUUGAUGAGCAGCUGUUGAAGGGAGCAAUCUAAAUUAUUUGUAUUUAUAUAUUUUUGCUGCCUUUCAGGGCUCACACGCUGCCCCCCAGUGGUCUGUACAUUUUAAAUGUGGAAUCGAGACUGACGGCAGAUAGUUAGUGACCACUAGAGGGGGCAGUUUAAAAAAGUGUACACUGCAUAUUCAAGCGCUGCUUUGCAGUCUAUAGAGAGCUGUCAGUAUCUUAAAAAGCAUGCCUGAGUGUCUCAAAACAUACAUCUAGUGUAAAGGACAACAGUUAAACAGUUUAAGACUGCAAACAUGGAACCCAUGCUAAUGGACCACCCAGAUUUAGAUUAGACGGUUGACAGAAAUGUCUGUAAAUUCCUUAUUUUGUAUUCUAUGUUAAUUUAUUUGUUAUUCUAAUGUUGCCUGCUGUAUACUGCAAAGAAAAUAACAAAUACAAACAUUUUAAACAA